AUGGAUGUAUGGGAGAUUGUACGCUCACCGCACAUUUUCGAGGAGAAAGAUCUUCCUGUAGGGAUGUUACUGUGGAAGAUGGUGGAGAGUUUAAGAAGCUCCAAGAUCAUAACUGGAGGAAGGAGUAAUGCCACCAUCACCAAAUUCAUUCUUUUGGGAUUCUCUGAUCUUCCCAAGCUCAAAAGUGCUCUCUUUGUGGUAUUCUUGGGGACUUACCUCUCCACGGUUAUGUGCAAUCUGGGACUUAUCAUUCUGAUUAGGAUUGACCCUUACUUACACACACCCAUGUACUUCUUCCUCAGCAAUUUAUCACUUUUAGAUUUCUGCUAUGUUACCUCUACAACCCCCACAAUGCUCUCAGGAUUCUUCCAGAAGCCUAAAUCCAUCUCCUUUAUAGGGUGUGCUAUGCAGUAUUUCUGUUUUUCUAGCCUGGGUCUGACUGAGUGCUGUCUUCUGGCAGCCAUGGCUUAUGAUCGGUAUGCUGCCAUCUGUCACCCCCUGCUUUAUACCACCACCAUGUCCCCUUCCCUCUGUGUGCAGAUGGUGGCUGGAGCCUAUAUCUCUGGUGUGUUUGGUUCAUUGAUCCAACUGUAUGCUAUACUUCAGCUCACUUUCUGUGGGCCAAAUAUUAUCAACCACUUCUUUUGUGACCUGCCUCAAUUAUUAGUCUUAUCAUGCUCUGAAACCUUUUUCCUGCAAGUCAUGAAAUUUGUGAUAGCCGUGAUUUUUGGGGUGGCAUCUGUGUUAGUUAUCCUGAUCUCCUAUGGUUAUAUUGUUGCCACCAUCUGGAAGAUUAGUUCAGUACAAGGCAGGUCCAAGGCUUUCAGUACCUGUGCUUCUCACCUGAUAGCAGUCAGCCUCUUUUUUGGAUCAGGAUUGUGUGUCUACAUGCGUCCCAGCUCUGACAUUUCUCAGAACUAUGACAAGAUGGCAUCUCUCUUCUACACUGUGGUGAUUCCCAUGUUGAAUCCUUUGAUUUAUAGUCUGAGGAACAAGGAAAUCAAAGAUGCUCUUAAGAGGAGUAAGAAGAGGUGUGUUUCCUAUUGCCACUGUUAA